AUGAGUAGUGGUGACGCUUUACCGACUUUAAGUGAUCUGGAUUCAUACACAACCCCGGCAGUUACUGUUCCUUCAAAUAAUGAUAACCCUUACAUUGUAAGACAAUCCAACCCUUCAGGUACAGUUUUUAUUGCUGUUGGAGCUAUUGUUGGGGCGAUUUUCUUAGGUUUCAUAUUUUACCAUUUGAUCAGAUCAUUAACAGCAUCAAGAUUAGCGAAGAAAACUUUGGAUGGAGAUAAGGAAAUGUACGAAAAAUAUCAAAAUAACAACAGUACAGCAUAUGGUGGUCAUGGGCUUACUGCUUCAUCUACAUAUAAUACCGAGUCUGUGGCUAAAUUGCCAUUAUUAUCUCAUCAUGCUAGCAGACAACACCUAGGUGGAUUCAACGGCGCCAGUGGUUCUCAAAUCGGAGAUACUUCGACUAUAUAUGCUUCAGAAACAGCCGCAGCUACAUCGAAGCAUGAUUUGACCAAGAUGUUUAUUUCGCCCACUGCUGAAGUCAUGUCGCACAACAGAACAAAAUCAGGGCACUUUGGAGGCUCUACUAACUCAUUAUUUGGCGGUUCGACAAGCAAUUUGGUAAAUCCAUCACCUGCCACUAAUAGACACUCACAAUUGGUACCCAGUUUAUACAUCAACAACGAAACUAACAACAGUGAUUACUCGCUUAAUAGUCAUGCACAAUCGCAACAAGCUCAAUCUCAACAGCUGCAGCAACAACAGCAAUUGAAUACUCCAGGAAAGAAUAACAGAAGAGCCAUUCCUAGUAUGUAUCUUGAAGAUUUAAUUGAUAAUGAAUAA